CUCCUAGUUAGGCCCGUUUGCACACUCUUCCACAUCCUUCCCAUCUUCUUGAUUCAUCUUAUCUCACUGAAGUUCACUUGAGCUUCAUACUUCCUCUUUGCUCUACUAUAACACUUGCUGUUGUUGCAGUCAAUCGUCGCCAUGGCCACUCAGCGUCACUAUUACCAGCCUGCUGCCUACCCAUACCACCAUGCACCAUCCAAGGCGCCGGCACCAGCAUCUCUCUACCCCAUUUCCAGAGUUUCUGGCUCCCCACCAGACUUCUCUGAUGCAAGCACUACCGCCGGCAGUCGUUCCUCUGGCGGGCUCACCUUCAGUUCUGCCGGCGAGUACGACUCCAGCUUUGCAUCGUACUCCGGCGUCGAUGUCGUGGAUGUCCUGAGCGACCGCAUGCAAGACGCAUUUGAUCCAACACCAUUGGACAAGGGUCUGGCACGACAAGCGCAGACAUCUGGCCAGCUGAACGCAAAGCAGCAAGAACUCCUCGAGCUACAGGCGCUCGCGCAACGGCGACUGAAAGGCGCACGGGCGAAUUUCUCCGAAGGCCUGAAAACCGCACGAGAGACAAAGCGCGACCUGGAAUGGACGCAAAAGCGCGUCAGUUCCCUGAAGACUAAGGCUGAGAAGGCUCAUCCUGAUGAGUACCGUCGUUCUUCGAAGAAGUACGCCUAUGAUGGCUAUUGAUUGGGCUUGGCUUGGGCUGCGAUGGGCUUCUUGAUGACUGAUAUGAUGGGGAAACUCCCCGGGCAUGGACAAAAUUGGGAUCUUGGGAUGGAUGUGGGAUUAUUUCUGGAUUUUUGGCUUCCUCGUUGGGUUUGGCGCGAUUUAGCUUCUUUGGUUGGGUCUUUGUGUAUAUCUUGGAUAGGUAAUUUGUGUCUCUUGACGUAUAGUAGAGAGAGUUUCUCUAAAUGGUAUUGGUUUUACCUGUUUUUC